GCAAGGUGAUUGAUGUCGCCCACGCACAGCCUAGCCAGCUACAAAAGCCACGAAAGCUAGCAGCUUUGACGACGAAGCCAACUAGCACACCACAACGCCUCGCUUUCCCUCUCUCUCGCUCGCCUCCCAUGUAAGCAAGGGAUCGAGGAGGAGGAGGAGGAGGAAAGGAAAAGCUCGUGCGAUUCUUUCUCGAGCUCGCCGAAGACCUUGGACGAUUCAGACAGCGGUUUCAGAGGAAUAAUUCAGGGGCAUACUCGUGAGCAGUGAGAGCGCGGGUAGGGAGGAGCAGAGGCGAUGGGCGGCGAGGCGAAGCCCGGAAGGGGGAUCAAGAGCUGGGCGCAGCGGCACCUCAACACCGGCUUCGCCGCCGGCUUCCUCCUCGUGCUCCUCACCUACCUCGUCGUCUCGCAGCAGUUCGCCGUCACCGCCCCCAACGCUGUCACUACGAAGGGAUCACGGGUUGUGGAUAAGCAGGUGAUCGGAGCUGCCGGCGAUGCAGGGCUCGAGAAGAAAAGGGAUCAGGAAUGGCAGCCGAAAGCGGCGGCGGCGGAGGAGCCCGACAAGAAGGAUACGUCGGGUGCCGUCCCAACCCAGGAGUCUCCGAAAAGAGACGACGCAGACGCCAAACCGUUCGAGACGGACGGGGACAAGGUGGUGUGCAACACGGACGGCCCCGUCUCCGAGACCUGCGACCUCGACGGCGACGUCCGCACCAACGGCAGCGCCCUGUCAGUGACCUUCGUCCCGUCGAGCCCGUCGGAGCGCCGGGAGUGGAGGAUCCGGCCGUACUCGCGCCGGACCAUGGCAGGCGUCGACAAGGUCACCGUGGCGCAGCUCGAGUCCCCGCAGGACCCGGCGGCGCCGCCGUGCGCGGUGACCCACGACAUGCCGGCCGUGCUGUUCGCGCUCGGCGGGCUCACGGGCAACUACUGGCACGACUUCAGCGACGUGCUGGUGCCGCUGUUCGCGGCGUCACGGCGGUACGGCGGGGACGUCCUGUUCCUCGUCAGCAACAUCCAGCCGUGGUGGCUCGGCAAGUACGAGGCCGUCGUGCGCCGCCUCUCGAGGUACGACGCCGUCGACCUCGACCGGGACGCGCAGGUUCGGUGCUUCAGGCACCUCACCGUCGGGCUGCGCCUCCACAAGGAGCUUAGCAUCGUCCCGGAGCUCUCGCCGGGUGGCCACCGCCUGACCAUGGCCGACUUCACCGCGUUCCUGCGCGAGACCUACGCGCUCCCUCGGGCCGCGCCGGUGAGCCUGGCGCGGGAGCCCGGCCGGAAGCCGCGGCUGAUGCUGAUCCAGCGCCCGCACUACCGGCGGUUCGAGAACGUGCCGGGGAUCAGGAAGGCGGCGGAGGCGGCGGGGUUCGAGGUGACGGUGGCGAGCCCGCGCGCGGACGCGCCGCUGGGGGAGACGGCGCGGGCGGUGAACUCGCACGACGUGCUGCUGGGCGUGCACGGCGCCGGGCUGACGAACGCGGUGUUCCUGCCGCCCGGCGGCGUGGUGAUCCAGGUGGUGCCGUAUGGGAAGCUGGAGCGCAUGGCGCGGGCGGACUUCGGGGAGCCCGUGGCGGACAUGGGGCUCAGGUACCUGGAGUACAGCGUGGCCGUGGAGGAGAGCUCGCUGCUGGAGAUGCUGGGGCCGGAGCACCCGGUGAUCAAGGACCCCGAGGCCGUGCACCGGAGCGGGUGGGACAAGGUCGCCGAGUACUACCUCGGCAAGCAGGACGUGCGCAUCGACGUCGGCCGGUUCGCGCCCACGCUCGCGCAGGCGCUCGACCACCUCCGGCAGCAGCGGUAAAAGGCCGCUGCCCGGGGGACGGUACGUUCGUGUCCGGCGACGGCGUGUCGCCGUUGGAGAAAGAAAAAGAACAGGGAUCACGAACAGGAAAAUACAUACUGUAUGUAGAUGAAGUGAUUUGGUACAGAAUUCGAGCGACGCAUUCUUUUGUUGUCUAGAGUAUGUAGAUGUAUUGUUGGCUUAUCGAUCGAUUUGCUAGAGCAGCCAUCAAAUGAAGUUGUUUGAUUUGUUUGGUGUUUGUUCGGCUUGCC